UAUAUAUAUGGAGCAACUAUUUUGACAUUUGGCACUCGUGGGUGAAGGAAAGAGUCCAGGCAACAGAGAGGUGGAGUGCUUCUUCACAUUUAACCUCGUUUCUCCUGCUGGAAGUGGAAGGCAAAGAAGAAAAUGACUCGUGGAAAUCAGCGUGAAUUAGCUCGUGCUAAGAAUGCCAAGAAGCAGAUGGAGGCUAAUAAAGGACAAGCUUCUGGUGAUAAGUUGGGGAAUAAAGGUAUGACCCUUGAAGCUCGGAGACAAAGGGAUGCUGAAUUGAUGCGACUGAAGCAGCAAAAAGCUGAAAUGAAGAGGAAUGAGACCAAGAAAUAACUGCACGGAUGGGUGCUGACCUUCUUGCAAAUACAAGUGGUGUGGAUCCAACUUUUGGUUUUGUGAUAAGAAAGAACUUGAUCAUCAAGUUUUCAAUAGUGUGCUACUCUACUCAACUCAGUAUAGUUUUUCUUCCUCGUACAGUAUAAGACACUGCUAUAGAAAAGUAAUAAACUAACCGGCAGGUAUGGAUAUGCCAGUGAGUCUUACUUCAAGAAAUGGCCUGUGUAGAAAACCUGUUAAAUGGAUAUGGGCAGCACUGAGAUGGAUAUUUGAUUUCUUAUGCUACUUGGCAUCCUACACAACCAGUGACUGGCUUAUUCAGUACUUAACAUCAUGGUAUUAGGCUUAAAGUCAUCCAUAUCUCUAUCAUUACUCUUGAUUUUUCUAUGAGAUUUUCUUUUCUUUGAUCUUUAAAGAAUUUUAAUCUUAUUACUGCUAAACUGUAUCAAUGAGAGUCAAUGAAUUUGGUGUGAAAUCUCAUUGACUAAUGUUUUGGUUAUUGCUUUUGAAAUAUAUUAACCUUUUUUUAUUGUUUGAGUAACAGACAUUAUUAGAUUGUUCUAUACUUCAUUCUUUCACUUUAAUCUAAAAUAAAAGCUAAUGCUGAAAUGUAUCAAUGGGAGUCAAUAAAUUUGAUUGAAAUCUCAUUGACUAAUGUUUGGAAAUUCCUUUUAAUCUUUCAAAAUGUUAACUUUUAUUUUGAUAGAUGUGAAAGUGUCUUAAACUUCUUUUUAAAAUCUCGUAAGCCAUGAAGGAUGUAAAUGUUCUGAUUAGUCAGUUAAUGUUUUUAAAUCUUACAUAAUGAUGCUUGAUUCCAAGCAUUAUCCUAUGACAUACAUAAUAUUACUAUAUUCAUCUUCCAGUGUCUGGUAAGGUGGAAGAGUAGGUAAUAGUGUAUACUACAUAUAGAAUAACAUUACUGUAUUAGUGCUGCUCUCAAGAAUGCAAAGUGAUCAAUAAAACUUGCUUGAUUGUGAAGGUAAUACUUUUUAAUGCUAAUAUAUUCAAUAAUUGAUGUUAAAUUAAACAUAAGCUUUGAGCUUGCAUUAUUGGAAUCUUAAUGUGUACUUGUGAGCAUUUUACUCUUAUUAUUUAAUUACUUUUAUAAGUAAAGAUGUAAAACUUA